ACAUCGAUCGGCGAAUCUCCUCUCCCAGUUCGGUCUUUGUCCAGUGCCUGCUAGACGGCGUCCCCCUGCAGAUGUGCGGAAAACGUCCCAAGAAAAACGUUCUCUAUUUAAAUAAUUCCAAAAAUUAUGCAACGAGUGCGUGAGUGCAACAUGAAAAUGAAAAGUUGCAAAUAAUUCAAUAAACCAAUAAAUGAACACGAGAAGCAACAGCCUCAGGUGGAUACACAAAAAAAACAAUAAGGUGUGAAAAAUGGCGCAUCGGUUGAGUGUGAACAACCUGGAUCAAGGAGCCACCCAAAUCGGACCCUAAACAAUUAUGAAAUUAAUAGCCAACUAAUUGGCCAAGAACAUUGAGAGCAAUAACAUUGAACUAGCCGCAAAACAAAACAAAGCAAGUGUGAAGUGUGUGAACAGUGACAAAUUGGCGAAAUCGACGACCUUGCCUCUGCGGGAUCAGCGAACUCUUUUGGAACACCACAACUGGUGGCCAUGAAGCACGAGAAGACUAUCGCUGCCAUGGCUGUUCCCCACAAGCAGCGCCUUAAUCUCGCGGAGCAUUCCGCCCACGUACCCCGCAGUCCCAUUACCAAGGCCUUUGACUUUCUGCCCUGGACCAGGAGUCGCAGCAAGGUGAACAUGGCCAAGGCCCAGAGUCAUCCGCCGGCGGAGCAGCAGCAGCAGGCCUCGGCUUCCACAGCAGGAGGAGCAGCCACCGAGAAGCCCUCGGAGGUGCACUAUCACCGGAAUAUCUUUCGCAGUGGCGGUGGCCUCAUUCGGGAUAUGCUCGUGGGAGACAAGCAGUUGCAGCUCAAGGACAAACCACCACAAUCCCCAGUUCCCUCGCACAAAAAGAAGCAGAAGCCUCUGUCGCGCAAUAAGAGUCUGGACAUCCGGGAGCUCAUCGGUUGUGUGGAGCGGGAAAUGGCUCCGGCAACCGGUGGCGUUCUAAGUCAGCCUGCCCGCUUCAUAGAUGACACCUACAUAGAUCACAAACCAAAGCACAUACUCUUCAACGAUGACGAGAACACGGUGUACAUAAUAAAGAAGGAGCAACCGGUGGCCAAGGCCAGUCACAAGGGUACAUCCUGCUCGACAUCCUCCUCCUCAGCAGCUGCUGCUACUCCUGCCAACGGUGAUGUCCUGAAGGCCCGUCUGAAGUUCAAGCGCCUGCCCAAUGAUCACUAUGCCGCAUCGCCGGAGGCCCUGCGCCGUGCCCAUCAGCUCCACCAGCGUUCCGAGCAGCGUCAUCAGCUGCAAAGAAGGAAGAGUCUCAGCGAUCAGCAGAGCAGCUCCAGCCUGAGCAGUGGCGGCGGCGGUGGUGGAGGUGGAGGUGGUAGCAAUGGCAACAAUGGAGUGAUGCUGGAGCGUCCCAAGACCGACAAGCCGCGCAAGAAGCUAUCCUUCCGGGAGCCCAUCAUAGCCGGCGACCAGAUGCUGCCCCUCAUCCUCACCGAGCAGCGUCAGGCGAGGCAGAGGCGGCGCAGCUCUCCCCUGGAGAGGGGGACGGCGGCAGUCGCUCGAGCAGAAUGUGAUAAUUUAUGCAAUAAUCGCACAAAGGAUGCAAUUGCAUGCGGCUGUGCGACGAGCGAUCCCGAGUCCCAGGCCAUGCGCAUCGUACGCACCGUGGGCCAAGCCUUUGAAGUGUGCCACAAAUUUAAUCUUCAUAAGAAUUCCCUGGAACCCAAUGACGAACGCUCCGAUAUAUCCUCCUCGGAGCUGCUGGAUGUGGAGCAAGUCAGCGAGCAGCAGCUCAGCGAGGACGGCGACAGGAAUGGCGGCGACAACGAGACGCCCAAGAAAGAACACUUGGCCUUAUCGCCCGACUUGAACCACACGCAGCCGCAGCGACCGAACCACUUGGAACUGAUGCCAUCGCAUUCGAGUCUACGCAAAUCGAACAGCCUGCUGUGCGAUGUGGAUGACAAGUCACCCGGCUCCCCAUCCUCGCCUCGCUCAGAGAUCACGCAGCUGAAGGAUCAACUGGAGGCACAGGCUCUCCAAACGCGCCAGGCUCUGGGUCAACUGAUGCUGGUGCGGGAGCAGCUCAUCUCGGAGACCAAUGCGCGCAUCGAGGCACAGGCGCGCACCCAACAAUUGCUGCAACAGAAUCGCGAGCUGCUGGAGCACCUGGCCUCUUUGGGGGCAUACAACGAGCAGCAGAGUGCCGGCCUCACGUCGGCCAAUAUCGGAAUGGCGCCGCAGCAAUCGCAGCUGCAACUGCUGCUCCAGGCCACCAGCAACAACAACAACCUGGCCACGAUCAACCAGCAAAUCAGUAAUCUGGGAAGCAUCAACCAGCAGCUGACCUCGCUGAGCCACCAGCUGAGUGGCCUCAACCAGCAGAGCCAGCACCUCCAGAACCUGCAACAGCAGCAGGCAACUGCGAAUCCCAAUCCAGCCACACCUCCUCCGGUGGCCAGUGGGAGUAGUCCAUAUCCAUCGAUGAGCCAGCUGCAGAGCAUCAGCAAUCAGCUGCAGCAGCAGCAGCAGCAACAGCAGCAGGAUGCCCUGUCUAAGGACCUGUUCCAGGUCAACCAGGAGCUGCUCAACCGACUGCAAGCCCUCAAUCUGAAUGCCAAUCCGGCGCAGAGUCAGCAGACGCCCUCGACGGCCUCGCCGCACAACUCCUUCUUCUAUGUGAAUCCCCUUUCCUGCACUCCGGCCACGCCCAAUAAUAAUGCAGGCGGAGCUGGAGGCUUCAAUUUCCUCACCUCACCGGCGGCCACGGGAACCCUGACGCCUUCGCCUCUGGGCAGCAUUAAUCGCAACUCCUUUGCCGGGAGUUCGUCGCUGAACGAAGACAUUCGCCUGAGCAUCGAACAGAAUCUGAACAACCUGGAGGAGCAGCUAAAGGCGGCGGUGUCGAAUGGGAACCUAGCUGGCCUGGCCUGCGGAGGAUCUACCAGCACUCGAGACACCAGUCGCAGUUCCUCCACCCUGGACUCGCCCUCAUCUCCGCGCUUGAGGAGCAGCAACAAUAACAUCAGUCCCGGGAGCAGCAAUGGUCAGCAGAAUCACAAUAACAAUAAUAGCAACAGCAACAGCACGAGCAGCAGCCGGGAGACGAGAUUCAACACAGUCCUGCUGAGGGUCACCGAUGAGGCGGGUCACCAGAGGAAGCUAUCGGCCACGCCCAGCUUCAUCACGCGGAGCACCAGCGAGAAGGUGCCCAAUCGCAGUCAGAUGAUGAGCCAGGUGCAGAGGACGGCCUGGGCCAGGCACACCACCAAAUGAGAUGAACCCAGGGAUUGGGAAUUCUAAGUGGACCAGGGGAGUCAUGUGGAGUAUGUGUGCGAGGAAUGUGUGUAAAGAUCGAGUGAAUGAGGGAGUGAGAGUCGGUUGGAACAGUAUUAAUUUAGGAGCAAAAAACACCUUACUUUAGUUAUGCAUUUUAGGUUUCCCCCAGCAGAGAGAUAAUGUGCCAAUUAUUUAGUCCAGCUCAAAGUUUGGCCAAGUGUAACAUACAUAUACAUAAUAUAUAGAGGAGCUCUAAGUGUGCCAAAAUCUAUAGCAACAUCAUCAUCUGGCUCAACUUUCUAGGUUAACUUCUUAAUGUCUAGUCAGUGAAAGUAUUUGUGAAACAUAAUCCUAGAAAAACCCGAUAGCGGCAUAUCAGCAACGAAUGCAGAGACUUGCUCAAGUUUGUCAGAAAGUAUUUUCUCUCCCAUAAAAUAUAUAUUUUAAACAUAUAUCUAAACACUUAGUGAUUAAGCUACUGAGUCUAGUCUAAACUGGUUAAGUUGGAUACUGUUAUUUUUGUAAAUUGUUGUAAUUUAAUUCAAUUUAGGCUUUCACAAUUCGUUCGCUCUGAGUGGAAGCAAAUAAUAAUAAAAUCAUGUUAAAGCUGGUGUUAUUUGUAAAUGAAAAUCUUCGGAACGAACACCAAUACAGGCAGAACAGAAAUAUGUAAUAAUAAA